AUGUUACCCAGCCGAUACACGCAAGCAGUUAUGACUGGGGAAAGUGCUGCUGGUCUAAUUGCAUCGAGUGUUCGAAUUCUAACAAAACUGUUCAUGUCCAAUAAUCAUUUGAGUACAAUAACAUUUUACUUAAUUGGAAUUGUAUUUAUUCUUUCGUGUUUGAUUAUAUACGUGUUAAUUCAGCGAACAUCGUUUAUUGGAUACUAUGUCAAAAUAUGUGAAGAUGCAAAGAAAAUUGAAGAAAUUGAAUUUCAGACAACAUUCAAAAAAACGAGAAGACACAGUAGUCUGGAUGAAGUAAAACUGAAAUUGAUAGAGUAA